CACACAACUUGAUCUUCCCACUCGAUGGCGUCAAGAUGAGUUGAGAAGACGAACUGUGUCACUGAGUAAUACCCCACGCUACCUGAAAAAUCUCCUUCUUGAACUCCCAUGGCCGAGGUUGACUUUAAGCAAGCAAACGAGAGCUACGCUGCCAGCUUCGGCGACAAUGGCAAAUUAAGUAUUCCACCAUCCAAGCACCUUGUUGUCGUGACGUGUAUGGAUGCUCGCCUUCACCCUGAGCAGUUCCUCGGCCUGAAUUUAGGGGAAGCACACAUUAUUCGGAAUGCUGGAGGCCUUGCCAAAGAAUCUCUUCGUUCCAUCAUCAUUUCACAAAGACUCCUCGGAACUAGAGAUGUGCUCGUCAUUCAUCAUUCCGAUUGUGGAAUGCUCACUUUUUCCGAUGAGCAACUUCGAUCCAAGGUCAUCGACGCACAUCCUGGAGAUACUAAUGUGUCCGAGGCAGUAAACGACCUUGCAAUUUGGCUCCUUCCCUGAUUUAGAUAGGAGUGUGAAAGAUGAUGUCGCAUUCUUGAAGAAUCACCCGCUUGUUCUAAAAGAAGGAAAUAUCACUGGAUGGGUGUACGAGGUUGAGACGGGAAAGAUCGAGAAGUCGUGUGAUGAGACGACGGUACAAAGAAUGGUCUGCAUGAUGUAUAUUGUAAUCUAGUACUUCAUGCCUGAAGAAUGAGUAGGACCUCUAUCAGUAGCAAUCGAGGUUAGAAA